AUGUCUGAUCCAAAUUCAAGCCAAGAUGAAAAUGAUCCAGCAAGAAAACAUGGCUUUCCAGAUCCUGUCAACAGAAACAAGUGGCAAUGUAGGUAUUGUCCUAAGAUCACUUGUGGAGGAAUCACUCGUCUCAAACAAUACUUAGUUGGAGGCUAUAGGAAUGCAACUAAAUGUCCAGAUUGUCUGGAGCAUAUUAGGGAAGAAAUCAUAUCAUUUAUGAAGAAGAAGGAGCAACUUAAAGCUUCUACUCAAAUGAUGCCACCAUCUCAAGAGUUUGAUGAUUAUGAUGAUGUGGAAGAAAUGGAUUGUGAGCCAAGUAACAAACGACAACUUCCCCAGCCAAAAAAGCCAAGAUACCACGGUCCACUUGAUAGGUUUGUAACUUCUACACCUCCUGAUAUAUUGAAUGCUAGAAAGGAAAGGAAACGGAUUUUUGGAGCUUGUGAUAAGGAGUUAAGGGAGAAAACUAGGUAUUGCAAGGGAUCUGUUUUCCUAAAGUCUUUGGAUGUAUCAGAAGUCGUGAAAGAUGCCACAUUGUUAUUUCAAUUGCUUGAUAAGAUAGUUAAAGAAGUAGGAGAUGAAAAUGUUGUCCAAGUGGUCACGGACAAUGCAUCAAACUUUGUGAAAGCUGCACAUUGCAUUGAUCUAAUGCUUGAAGAUAUUGGGAAAAUUGCAAAUGUGAAAAGCUAUACAAAAGUGAAUUUGCACAGACCGGCGAUUACAAGAUUUGCAACAACUUUCAUCACGCUAGCACAAUUUCACAAGCAAAAAGACAAGUUGAGAAAGAUGGUUCAUUCUGAAGAAUGGAAUAAUUCCAAGUGGCCAAAAGAAAUAGGAGGAAAGAAAUUGGCAAGUCCUCUAGUACAAGUUCUUCGAAUGGUUGACAGAGAGAGAAAGCCUCCUAUGGGAUACAUGUAUGCAGCCAUGGAUCGGGCAAAGGAGACAGUUAUGAAGUCUUUCAAUAUGAGAGAAGAACACUACAAAACUGCAUUCGAAAUUAUUGACAAAAGAUUGGAGUUUCAACUUCAUCGUCCUCUUCAUGCAGCUGGCUACUUUCUCAAUCCAAAAAUCCAAUAUGGAAAAUCUGAUGAUGUAGGUUGUGAAGAAGUGUUGAAAGAUGAAUUUAAAAAUGCAACUGGUCUAUUUGGUUAUCAUAUGGCUAUAAGGCAUAGAGCUACAAAAUCACCAGCGGAAUGGUGGUCUUCUUAUGGAUCUUCAACUCCACACCUCCAAAAAAUUGCCAUAAAAGUUCUUAGCCUCACUUGUAGUGGUGCUACUGGUUCCGAAAGGAAUUGGGGUGUUUUUCAACUAAUGAUCAGAUCGGGUUUAGGAGGCGGUCUUGAAGGUUGGUCGAGUGACUUCAUCGGGCUUCUGCUUAUAGGCCCGUUUAGCUGGCCCAAAGGAGGGUUCCUCGGUUUAGUUGAUGUGCAAGAUUACACGGUUUACCUUCGGGUUAGGUCGGUAUGUCGUGGGUGCUAA